GAUUUGAAAUCUAGCAAUCAGCGAGAUGAAAUUGCUGCAGCACGUGCAUCCCUGAAGGAAAAUUCAUCUCUCCUACAUUCAAUAUGUUCAGCUUGUUUGGAACAUUCAGAUGUUGCAUCCCUUACAGCCAGCAAGGACUCAAUUUGCAAUGAAAUACAGAAUGCUCUCAGCAUAAUUUCUAAUGCUUCCCAAGGAGUUGAAAAUAAAAUGGAACAACCAACAUCUCACACAGCUACUCUUGGAAGUGCACUUGAUGAACUUGAGAAUUUAAUUAUCUUGGAUCCUCUUGUAAUGAAUGAAGAGAAAAUAAGGCCAUCACUAGAGAAACGUCUGGAAGCUAUUAUCAGUGGAGCGGCUUUGCUUGCUGAUUCUUCCUGUACGCGGGAUUUUCAUCGAGAACGCAUCAUUGCCGAAUGCAAUGCUAUUCGCCAAACUCUGCAAGACCUGCUUUCUGAAUACAUAAACAAUGUAGGUAACCAGACUUUUUCCUUUUUUAAAU